UGUAGCAAGGUCGCUCAGAAAACGAGUCUGGCGGUGAUUGAUGCUGGGUAGGAACCGAAUGAAUAAAAGUUCUUGUCUGGGGACAGCAAAGACCCCGAGCGAGCUGCAGAGGAUCCGCUGUCUGGCAUUCUCUCAGCCUUUUGUCAGAGCCAGAGCUGCAUUCAGUGAGAGGCCUGCUUCGGAGCAGCUGGGCUCCUGCUGCGAGCCGCAAGCCCCCUAAGGCUUUUGACGACAAGGGAAGGGAAGGGAAGGAGGUCCCCUGCUAGUGGCUCUGCUCCUGGUGUUUCCAAUCCCUGCGAGACUGAAAACUGCGGAGCGACUACCGGACUCUCACAGGAGCAAGCUGUAACAUGCAUUCGCCCGCAAGCCCGUGUGGACGCGCCUUGGUGGCGCUGCUGCUGACCUGUGGCUUGUUGGGGGUAUGGGGACAGAAAAGAGGAUUCCCACCUGCCCAAGCCACACCGUCUCUUCUCGGGACUAAAGAGGUAAUGACGCCACCCACUAAGACCUCCUGGACUAAAAGUUCCAACUCCAGCCUGAUGCGUUCCUCCGCACCUGCGGAGGUGACCAAAGGAGGGAGGGUGGCUGUAGUCCCUCCAAGAUCUUUUCCUCCCCCGUGCCAACGAAGUAUUGAGAUCAGCAAGACUUUUAAAUACAUCAACACGAUUGUGUCAUGCCUCGUGUUCGUGCUGGGCAUCAUCGGGAACUCCACACUGCUAAGAAUCAUCUACAAGAACAAGUGCAUGCGAAAUGGUCCCAAUAUCUUGAUCGCCAGUCUGGCUCUGGGAGACCUGCUCCACAUCAUCAUAGACAUUCCCAUUAACACCUACAAGCUGCUCGCAGAGGACUGGCCAUUUGGAGCUGAGAUGUGUAAGCUGGUGCCCUUCAUACAGAAGGCUUCUGUGGGGAUCACAGUGCUGAGUCUAUGUGCUCUAAGUAUUGACAGAUAUCGAGCUGUUGCUUCUUGGAGUCGAAUUAAAGGAAUUGGGGUUCCAAAAUGGACAGCAGUAGAAAUUGUUUUAAUUUGGGUGGUCUCUGUGGUUCUGGCUGUCCCUGAAGCCAUAGGUUUUGAUAUGAUUACGUCGGACUACAAAGGCAAGCCCCUGAGGGUCUGCAUGCUUAAUCCCUUUCAGAAAACCGCCUUCAUGCAGUUUUACAAGACAGCCAAGGACUGGUGGCUGUUCAGCUUCUAUUUCUGCUUGCCACUAGCCGUCACUGCGAUCUUCUACACCCUGAUGACCUGUGAGAUGCUCAGAAAGAAGAGUGGCAUGCAGAUUGCUUUGAAUGAUCACUUAAAGCAGAGACGAGAAGUGGCCAAAACAGUGUUCUGCCUGGUGCUGGUGUUUGCUCUCUGCUGGCUUCCCCUUCACCUCAGCAGGAUUCUGAAGCUUACCCUCUACGACCAGAGCAAUCCUCACAGGUGUGAGCUUCUGAGCUUCUUGCUGGUUUUGGACUACAUUGGUAUCAACAUGGCCUCUAUCAAUUCCUGCAUCAAUCCAAUCGCCCUGUAUUUGGUGAGCAAAAGAUUCAAAAACUGCUUUAAGUCCUGUUUGUGCUGCUGGUGCCAGACAUUUGAGGAAAAACAGUCCUUGGAGGAGAAGCAGUCCUGCUUGAAGUUCAAAGCUAAUGACCACGGAUAUGACAACUUCCGUUCCAGCAAUAAAUACAGCUCAUCUUGAAGGAGAGGACACUCGCCAAAUCUCACUGUCCUCAUUGUGGACAGACGUCAUUAAAACAAAAUGAAACCUUUGCCAAAACAAAAUGGAAAAUCAUGCCAGCAGAAAGGUGUGCACGCAUGCAAGAGGGAUUAUUUUGAAUGUUCUAAGUUCCAACACCUAAUAUUUCACGGCCUGUUUACAACCUAAGAAAGCCAUGGAAAGGAAUGAAGCCUCCGUGCGGAAGCUCUUAGAUUCUUAGUCAGCACUUUAGCACAGCUCUUAAAAGCCCCCGGUGUGUUCACAUGCUACUUACAUUUAAAAAAAAAAAACGAGAACUUCACUCAGAAGUUCUAUGCAGGGGCUUAUUAUCCAAUCCUAUGAACCUGGAUAUAAGAAAGCAUGACAUUGUAAAGCAGUUCUUAGAACAAAGUUUCAAUUUCUCCAUUUGAAACUUUAAAAAUAAAAACCACUAAUAAACUUUAGUGCAUACUAUGACAUCCACUAAUCUGACUAUAACUAUAGGCAACAUGAGAAAGCGGUAAGGUUGGUACACUUUUUUUGGUCAUUACAAACAUUUAAAUGAUCAGAAGAGGGGAUGGAAAAGAGACGGAACGGAGCCUGGAUGUUUGAAAUCAUCAUGCUCCUUACACAAUGUCACAGAGAAAACAUGGGGAGGUCUGAGCUGCUAUGCCUGAGACUUUGGAACUUCCCUCACACACACUCCACAGAAAGACACAAAACAGAACACUACCUAUGACUUCUUCAAGGUUCUUUCAAAUAUCCUUUCAUGGUUGAAGUGUAAGUUCCAUUUGAUUAACUUCGUCAUCUGUAAAUACUUAACUAUUAGCUAUAAGCACUACACCUAGAUGACUUAGCAAAGGGCAGGUCCCAGCGUUCAUAGCUUUCUGACAAAGAGAUGCCAGUAAUCCGGUUGCAGACAGCAUGUGAAUUGCCUGGUGCAGUGUCCACAUGGCAAAGAGGCAGAGAGCAUCCUUUGAACCAUGCUGUACUGAGAAUGGUCCACAGAGCAGGAUAACUAAAAUACCAUCGUUGGACGACAUAGAAAGUAGUCACUGUAACCAGCUCUCUUGGAGGCAUAUUAUCAUUUUUUUUAAUGUUAUUUCUGAAAAUUGCCGAUAGAAAGGCAUUCUGGACAUGGUGCUUUUUCUAAAAGGUAGAAGCCAAACUGCUUCGGGGUCUGUGAGCUCCUCCUCAUUGCGCGCUCUUGGCUAGUGCUUUUUUAAUCUCCUUCCACAACGUGCCUUAGGUUCACUCCGAAUGAGCAGUGUGUGAAAGAAUGCCCAAGAGAAAACUGAAGAGAGAGGAAAUGAGGUGGAGCGGGAGGAAGCCCGUGGGGAAAGAGUCCCAUUAUUAGCCCCGCGUUCGUCACUGCCGCGUCACAUCAGUGUGAAAGGUCCUGGUUCAGCUCCAGCAAAACACAGGCAGAGUUCUCAGAACGACUCGGGAACAAACCAAGCCCGAGAGCUUUAACCUCGCUUAAAAUAUAACAGAUUUUCCCUUUCUUUCUUUCCUUCCUUCUUUCUUUUUUCUUUUCUUUUCUUUCUUUCUGUUCUUUCUUUUCUUUCUUUCUUUCUCCUCUUUCUUUCCUUCUUUCUUUUCUUCUUUCUUUCUUUUCUUUCCUUCUUCCUUUCUUCCUUCCUUUCUUUCUUUCCUUCUCUUUCCUUUCCUUUCCUUUCCUUUCCUUUCCUUUCCUUUCCUUUCCUUUCCUUUCCUUUCCUUUUCAUAACCCAGGCCACAUGUUAAAAAUGAGCUAAGAAUGCAGUUUUCUGCCAAAAUCCUCUGUGACAAUACAAUAAACCCAAACAGGACAAUGAGGUCAAAAACAAUGAACAGUACAGAAUCAGCCACAUGACUCUCUUUGGGAGUCAACCACAGUUUGUGUGUAUAGGUUCCUCUCUACAAUUUUCUACAAAUACUUUUCAAUCAUAAAGGAUACCCCAGAUCUUCAAUUUUAAGUUAGUUAUUGGUUCCCCAGUAGUUUCACAGUGUGAACAUAUUUUUAAUUCUUAGUAAGUUUUAGAUUGGUUUUAUUGUGUACUAAAUUCUUGAGUCCUAACAUUCUUGUUUAACCCAAAUGUUCCUUCCAUCUUCAUGGGUAAUAAUCAUACUGCCAAAUUAUGAAAUGGCAUAAGAAUACUCUUCACACAUAUACAAUAAAAUAUAUACAAUAAAACUAUAUUCUGUGGCUUUUUUAUUCAAAAUUUUAGCAUACAGACCAAGGGUGGUAAGAAACAAAUGUGAUUCCUUUGCAUAAUUAAAGCCAAGAUAAGAGAAGGUACCAUCUAAUUUAGAGCAUAUUUUCUAACAUUUAACUUGCCUAAUAUAGCAAUGCAUAAAAAUAGUGUUAAAGAGGAUGUUAGAGGUCAAGUGAUUUGUAAGUGACUUCAGCCUAUUUUCUCCCAAAUUAUCCACUGCUAUUGUUGGUCUGUGUUCAAACAUUUUUCAGUAUUGAUAAUGUGCAAUGGCCAAAGGAACACUGUUUUCAUCAAAACGUGGGUGUGUUGUGUCUAACAUGCACUUGUAGUAAAGCCAUGUAAAAUAACUGUGUUUUGUUUUGCUCAGGUCACUGAAAGUGGAAGCCUGUGUAGUUGCUAACUUCUUAUUGUGUAAGCAAAACCAAUAAACUUUCAAAUGGUUUAAAA